AGCGCCCAUAUAUCAACACGAGAAGUUAAAUUAAAACUUGAAUGUGAUUCGUGUAUGUUGAAUUUACAUCAAAAUGGCAUUAUUCAAAAUCAACAGAUAUUAUGGUGACGAUGAGGAAAGAAUUCCACAAAAUCAAUCUGCUCUUCUACUUAAACAAUUAUACCAAAAUGUGGAGAAAAAGAAGAAAGAAAAACUGCAGAUGAAUGAAAGUUUGGAAAAAGUAAAUCUUAAGUCCAAAAGAAAAGCAUCUGAAAAGACCCUAUCAAAAGAUCAUAGUAGUCCAAAAAAGAGUAAGAAGGAUAAUUCAGAAUCUUUACUUAGUGAAGAAACUGCUAUUUUCAGUAAAGAUAAAAAGAAGAAUCAGAAAGUGGCUGAAGUGGAUAGUUAUCUUUCAGAUCAACAGAGUGAUUCACAGAAAAAAGAAAAAAAAGUGAAAAAAAAAAGAAAGUAACAAAAGACACUGAUAUUGAAGACAUCAAUGAUAAGCAUAAACCUAAAAAGGACAGAAAGAAAAGUGAAAGUAAACUCUCUAAUAUUGAAGAUGAACAAAGUGAUAAAGUUAGUGACAAAUUACCAGUAUGCCAGUUGUGUCAGACAUUAGUUCAAAACAAGUCAAAGAGGGACCUCAUCUUGUUGGUAAUUUUACAGUUUUAGGAGAAUUCAAAUUGGAACCUGAAAAGAAGGUAAAACAGUAUUUACCAGAAUGGCUGGCCAAACCUGGUAUAAUUAAAACUGAUUUAGAAAAAACACCAGUUGAAGAUUUAGAUAUGCUCCACCCUUGUCUGGUUGAAAAAUUAAAAGAAAACAACAUCUCUCAUUUUUUCCCAGUACAAACUAGUAUAUUACCAUUGAUACUAAAAGACUGUGGAGGUCAGGUUGGAUUCAGUAGAACAGGUUCACCAUUAAGAGAUGUUUGUGUCUCAGCACCAACUGGUAGUGGAAAGACAUUGGCUUAUGUUUUACCUAUUCUUCAUAUUUUAUUACCAAGAAAUGUGUGUCGAAUCAGAGCACUUGUUGUCUUACCAGUGAGGGAUUUAGCCCUUCAAGUCUUUAAAGUUUUUGAAAAUUACUGUCAAGGCACACAGCUGAAGGUGAAACUUCUUGGCGGACAACAAGCAUUUGAAGAAGAACAACAGACUUUAGUUGUGGAAAAAAUGGCUGGUUAUUUGAGUCUAGUUGAUAUAAUAGUAGCUACACCAGGAAGAUUAGUAGAUCAUAUCAACAAGACACCUGGUUUUGAUCUAAGUCGCUUACGCUUUCUUGUUAUAGAUGAAGCUGAUAGGAUGAUGGAUAAUAUUAAACAGAAUUGGUUACAAGUUGUUGAGAAACAUGUAUUCAAAGUACAUAAUCCUGAUGAUCCUGUUAAAAGAUUAGACAGAACUAGAACUCCAGAAGGAACUCAAGCAAGCUGUGACGGAAAGAAAUUAGCUUUUCAGAAGUUACUUUUCUCAGCAACUUUGUCUCAAGAUCCAGAAAUUCUACAACAAUUGAAACUAUUUCAACCCCAACUCUUUACAACACUAGUCAGCUCAAAACACACCCAGAAUAAGGAGACCAAAGAUGUUUCAUCGAAGAAAAAGGAGAAACAUGUAAAAGAUAAACAGUCUGAUUUAGAAGAAGGAGAAUUUGUUGGAAAAUACAGCACACCUUCUACAUUGAAGCAACUCCAUGUUGAAUGUAAGGCCAUGGAUAAACCAUUGAUUGUUUUACAUUGUCUACAUAACCUACAAUACCGUCAGAUUCUGUGCUUUACCAAUUCAGUAGAAUCUACCCACAGGUUAUAUUUACUAAUCAAGUUAUAUGGAGAUGUCGAAGUUAGAGAAUUUAGUUCAGCACUGACAGUAGCAGCUAGAGAAAAAAUAUUACAAGAGUUUGCUCAGGGCAAAGUUGAUAUGGUGAUAUGUUCUGAUGCUAUGGCAAGAGGUAUUGAUAUUGAUAAUGUGCAAUAUGUUAUAUUGUAUGAUAGACCACUUCAUAUACAAAACUAUAUACAUAGAGUUGGAAGGACAGCUAGAGCCGGUAAAACAGGCACAGCAAUCACUAUCUUAGAAAAACGAGAGGUUUGUACCUACAAGGCAAUGUUGAGAGAAUCUGGGAAAGAUAAAUUCAAAAAGUUGAAAAUCAAACCAAAUAAAUUGUUUUCACUCAAACCAAGAUAUAAUGAUUCUCUUAGAAAAUUACCUAUGAUUUUAAAAGAAGAGAAGAGAGGAAAAAGAACAUAUUAAGUUUGUUGUAAUAUUAUAUAAUAUAUUUAUAAUGAUAUUGAAAUAAAAAUAUCAUAUUGACAAUUUCAUUUAUCAACACCCUUCAAAAUGUACAGUAUAUCCAGAUAAGAUAAUAAACUAGCAAUGUGAGAUAAAAUAUUGAAUAUUUUUUAUCAAAAAAUGUUUUAAUCAAAAAGCACAUGUCUCUUCCACAAGUCAAAGCGUUUCAUAGAAACAGUAUGUCCUUAAAAAUAUUCUCAUGAAACCACUACUUUGCUAAUUUUACAUUGAGGUUAAUAGGCUUACAUUCUUUUUCAAGAAUAAUGCCAACAAUAGAUAACAUUACUGAUAUACUUAAAUAACAAUAUACAAUUAACAACAUUUCAACAGAUUGGCACUUAAAAACCAAAUUUUGAUUCAUUCAUUUUCUACUUGAUGAGAUCUGUUGAUUAUUUUACUCCAGUCAUUUCUGAUCUAACCAUAUCCUUUUGUGAGUCAAGUUUGAUGUAAAUUCAAAUCAAUGAAAUCCACUGUUAAAGGGACGGGUAGGCAAUUCUUUUUGACCAAUCAUACUUUAGUCCCAGAAAAGGGAAAUUUUUAGCUAAGCCUAUCAGUUCACAGUCGAAAUUUGAGCCUUCAAAUUCAUAAGGGUCCAGAAUUAUCUGCGUUUGAAUGUUAUUUAAGAUACUCUGUGAUAUAAUAGAAAAGACAUAUAUAUAAAUACUAUAUAAAAUUCCCAGUUUGAGAUAUUUUUU